AUGUAUUUACAAUCAAAAUUUCUUCAAUUAUUUUUUAUUUCUGCAAUUUUUUGUAUUGGUUCGUGCUCAGAAGAUGAAGAAAGAUUGGUGGAAACUUUAUUCAAAGGAUAUAAUAAACUUAUCAGACCCUCUCGAAAUAUAACUGAGAAAGUUCAUGUAAAAUUUGGACUUGGAUUUAUACAACUUAUUAAUGUGAAUGAAAGAGAGCAGAUAAUGAAAUCUAAUGUUUGGCUGAGAUUUGAAUGGUUUGAUUAUCAACUACAAUGGGAUGAAACUGACUAUGGAGAUAUCAAAGUUCUGAGAUUGCCACCGGACAAAGUUUGGAAACCAGACAUAGUCUUAUUUAAUAAUGCUGAUGGUAAUUAUGAAGUUCGUUAUAAGAGCAACGUACUUAUUCAUCCAAACGGAGAAGUAUUAUGGGUUCCUCCUGCAAUUUAUCAGAGCUCAUGUACCAUUGAUGUAACAUAUUUUCCAUUUGAUGAACAGACUUGUGUAAUGAAAUUUAGUUCAUGGACUUUUAAUGGAGAUCAAGUGUCAUUGUCUCUUUACAAUAAUAAACAUUUUGUUGAUCUGUCAGACUAUGGAAUAAGUGGAACAUGGGAUAUUAUCAGUGUCCCUGCGUUUUUGAAUGUUUAUAGAACAGAAAAUCGCCCAACAGAAACUGACAUUACUUUUCAUAUUGUCAUUCGAAGGAAGACAAUAUUUUAUACAGUAAAUUUAAUUUUACCAACUGUACUAAUUUCCUUACUUUGUGUAUUGGAAUUUUAUUUACCAGCUGAAGCAGGAGAAAAAAUAACACUUGGGAUCAGUAUUCUUCUUUCUCUUGUCGUGUUCCUUCUGUUAGUCAGCAAGAUUCUGCCACCUACAUCACUGGUAGUUCCUCUUAUAGCAAAAUAUCUAUUAUUCACGUUUAUCAUGAAUGUUUCGAGUAUUUUGUCAGCCGUCGUUAUCAUCAACUGGAAUUUUCGAGGACCUCAAACUCACAGAAUGCCUGAAUCACUACGUACUAUAUUUUUAAAGUAUCUUCCAAAACUUUUACUGAUGCAACGACCGAAGAGAAUUCAAGUGAGAUGGAUGAGAGAUAUUCCAUCAUCAAAUCAGUUGCAAGACCCUCAUAAACCCUAUUGCGCUAUACAUAAUCCAAUAAAAGAAACAAUGGAAAUGGUUGAAUUUUAUCAACGAAAAUUACCAUCAUGCUCAGGUACAUCUCAAAAUUCUGUUGAAGCAGUAAACAGUUCGGAGGAAAAUGAUCCUAUUUUUUCACGCGAAAAAGUUUUAAAAGCCGCAAAAGCCAUAGAAUACAUCGCCGAACAUCUACGAAAUGAAGAUCUAUAUUUACAAACUCGCGAGGAUUGGAAAUUCAUGGCAAUGGUGAUCAAUCGUUUUCAGUUAUAUCUCUUUUUCAUAGUGACGACUUUCGGAACUGUGACCUUGAUGAUGCAUGCUCCUCACAUUUUCGAGCAUGUUGAUCAGGAGAAAAUAAAACAAAUUUACUACGGAAAAUGAGUAUAAUAAUAUAUGUAUUUUAUAAGAGUGAAUGCAAUUUAUAGACGUGGAUUAUUUGUCCAUAUUUAUAAUAUAUAAAACAAAAAAUUUAUAA